GUUCAAGUUGUCCAGUUCUGGCGAAGCGAGGAAGAGCCCCGACGGCCCUAUCCACUUCACUGGGCUAUCUACGUCGAAACAAGUCCUGGCAUCGGAAACACGUAUCAGAUCGCAGGAGACUCCCAAGACUACGCCAUCGAUAUGAGACUUGACCAACCUCUCGAAAACCCGGAGGACUUGCGUGGAAGUUGUAUAGUCGGAAGCGUGAGCAGGACGGAGCUCGACUCCAUGGAGACACUCCUUACAAGAGUUGCCAUCGUCCGCGAUCUUCCCUGCUGGAAUAGCCAUAAUUGGGUGGAGGACGCACUUGGGUAUCUCAAACGCUGCUGUUUUUUCAGCAUCGUCGGGGAAAUAGAGUUGUCCGGUCUUCAAGACAACAUGUGUUGGCUGCUAGAGGAUUGG